AAUAGCUCUCUUAUACAAGGUCUUUGGAAUCACGUGUUUCUAUUCUCCAAUCUCUCGCUGUUUGUAUUUCUGCCUUUCGCGUACUUAUUCACCGAGUCCACAGGGUUUGUGGGACAUAAGAAGGGCAUAAUUGCACGCGUCUAUGAAACAUUUACAGUAUUCAGUCUUUUAGCAACGGUUGUCUUGGGCAUAACCUAUGUGCUGUCCGCCGUCAUGGAUCCGGAAAGAAUUGGAUUUUUGUCACUGCUAAAUUUGGGCAGUGUACAUCUACCAUUUCUAUACUCCUGCGUAUCAUUUCUGGGUGUGCUUCUACUUCUCGUUUGUACACCUCUUGGUUUCGUUCGUCUCUUUGGCGUGAUGGGACAAGUGCUGGUGAAGCCGCAUCUGCUUCGCGACGUCAAUGAGGAAUACCAAGUAUACUACAUGGAAAUCGCCAGUGUGAAACGAAAAUUAGCGAACAUUGAACUGCUGAAUGUCAGCAUCAGUGGCAACGGUAGCAGCAGCUUGCGUUCCAGUUUGACGCGCAGCUACACAAAUGGUGGUGCCGGCGGCUAUUACAAACAUACAUCGUUGGAGCACCUGUAUCAACGAAAACCGCUAGAUAGCCACCAAAACGAGCAUGAAAAGCUCAACCAAAGACUGAGAGAAUUGGAGUCUGAAAGUCGAGAGCUGGAAAAGCUACGCAAGUCGUCAGCGUUUCAACGCAACUUUGUCUAUCCACUGGCAAUGCUAUCGUUAUUGUUCUUUACGGGAAUAACAGUGCUGUUGGUGGUGCAAAAUACACUGGAGUUGUUAAUUGGAAUCAAAGCAUUACCUCUUAGCAAAAGAUUGCAGCAAUUCACACUUGGCAUCACGUCGCUGUCCAAGCUCGGUCCGUUUGGCGCUGGCUUAGAAGUGUGUCUAAUAUUUUAUUUGGGUGCCACUUCGGUCGUUGGGUUCUACACGAUGCCUUUUAUGCGUCAUGUGCGCCCACAAAAACGAAAAACUUCACUCGCCCAAUUGAUACUCAACUGUGCGUUGGUUUUAAUUUUGAGUUCAGCUCUGCCGCUGCUCAGCAGAAUUAUUGGUAUUACGAACUUUGAUCUGUUGGGUGACUUUGGUGCCAUAGAAUGGCUCGGCAACUUUCAGAUUGUUUUACUUUACAAUUUGAUCUUUGGCACCACGACGGCGCUUUGUUUGGUUAAUAAAUUUACAGCAGCUGUGCGUCAAGAGUUGUGUGCGCGGCUGACUUCGAUGUUCCUGUAUGCAUAGAAGUUUCUUCGUUUGGAUGUCGCGUUAUUUUGUUUUCUGGAAAUUAUAAUUUCUUUAAUCGAUAUACUGUGAUUGUAAUGCUAAUGCAUAGAUAGAAAAUAGUUAAAAUAUUAAUCUUAAAUAAAUG